AGCUCAACGCCAGAGCAGAGCAAGCACACCGCAAUGGCGUCGCCGUCGUGUGCCUCCACGCUGCCCUGGACCGCCGCCGCCUCCUCCCCCUCCUCCGCCUUCUCCUACCCGCGCCGCCUCCAGACGCGACGCGCCCCGUCGCUCGUCAUCGUCGCGCAGGGCAGGGUCAAGAAGUACCGCCAGGUCAUACUCAAGGACGACAUCGAUGAGAUUAGCGGCAAGAAGGGGGACACGAUGAAGGUCCGGGCCGGGUUCUACCGCAACUUCCUGCUCCCCAAGGGCAAGGCCACGCUGCUCACCCCCGACGUCCUCAAGGAAAUGCAACUGGAGCAGGAGAGAAUCGAGGCUGAGAAGAAGAGGGUAAAAGAAGAGGCACAGCAACUCGCGCGAGUCUUCGAAACCAUUGGGGCGUUCAAGGUGCCACGUAAAGGUGGCAAAGGAAAGCAGAUCUUCGGGAGCGUCACGGCGCAAGAUCUCGUCGACAUCAUCAAGUCGCAGCUUAACAGGGACGUGGACAAGCGGCUGGUGGAGGUCCCGGAGAUCCGCGAGGUCGGGGAGUACGUCGCGGAGAUCAAGCUCCACCCCGACGUCACAGCCAAGGUGAGGCUGACUGUGUAUGCCAAGUGAGCAGUCUGAUCUCGCCAUAUACUCCGAACGUCCUGCAACUGUUGUGCCUGGGAGCUAUAGAGGAUGGGUUUUACAAAAAUGUUGUUCAUGGCCUUGUAUGCAUUAGGAGAAGCGUGGAGAAAGCGAAAGCUGUUGAAAUAUUUACAAGUGAAUAUAUGAAAUUCUUUUUUGUUCAUUUGUCGGCACAGAUCCAUUUUGCUAAAUAAAUUAGAUUUUCCAUCCA